UAAACCGGGCAGCGCAUUAUUACCGCGCCGCUGGCUUUCUCUCAGACGCUCCGAACCUCCGGGUCCAGCUGUUUUGUUUAUGCGGUUUAGUUCGUGUAUACCGCCCGCGCUGUACACACAGAAACCAAAUUCGAGCACUGCGUCCAUCUCUGGAUAAAUGAUUGCAGCCGUUGUUUUUUAUUAAUCAAAUAAUUUAGUAUUUUUCUCGUCGAGUAAAUGUCAAGUCGUCACUAUUGCUAUCGGAUUCAAUGAUAAAAGCUUAAUGGCCUCCAUUCCGAUGCGUCGAUGGGUGGCCUUGCUGCUAGUCCUCUGCUAUUUUUUCAUCACCAUCUCAGCUCAAAAAAAAUUCAGCUUCACAGAAAAGCAGAGAUAUGAUGGAUGGUUCAACAACUUGGCGCAUCCUAAUUGGGGUUCAAUUGAUAGUCAAUUGACUAGAAAAUCGCCUUCUGCAUAUUCCGAUGGAGUAUACAUGAUGGCCGGUGAAAAUAGACCUAGCCCUAGAAAAUUGAGUUCGUUAUUUAUGAAAGGUUCAGAUGGUCUCCCAUCAUCCAAUAACCGGACAGCUUUACUAGCAUUUUUCGGUCAAGUCGUGAGUUCAGAAAUUGUAAUGGGUAGCGAAAGUGGCUGUCCAAUUGAAGUACAUAAUAUUGAGAUUGAGAAAUGCGAUGAUAUGUACGAUCAUGAAUGUGAAGGCGGAAAAUCGAUACCAUUUCACAGGGCGGGUUAUGAUCGGUAUACUGGUCAAAGUCCCAAUUCGCCGAGACAGCAAAUAAACAGAGUUACCAGUUGGAUUGACGGCAGUUUUAUUUAUAGUACAAGUGAAGCAUGGGUAAAUGCUAUGCGAUCAUUUAAAAAUGGCACUCUUUUAAGUGAUCCAAUUACUGGGUUUCCUGUUAGGAAUACAAAAAGAGUACCUUUAUUUAAUAAUCCUGUUCNGUCCGUCGCCGGAGGUGGGAUGGCGACUCCAAAUUACCGAACUGAUCUCUCGUUCGUUUUGGGAGAUCCUAGAAGCAAUCAAAAUCCUGCAUUAUUAUCUUUUGGAAUAUUACUUUUUAAAUGGCACAACGUUCUUGCUGGUAAAGUACAGAACGAACAUCCAGAUUGGUCAGACGAAGAGGUUUUUCAAAAGGCAAGACGUUUAGUUAUAGGAACUCUUCAAAACAUUAUAGCUUAUGAAUAUAUACCAGCAUUUUUGGGACAAGAACUACCAGAAUACACAGAAUAUAAAUUAGAUGUACAUCCUGGUGUUAGUCAUUCAUUUCAAUCUGCUGCAUUCCGUUUUGGACAUACAAUGAUACCACCCGGUAUUUACAGAAGAGAUGGAAAUUGUAAUUAUAGAAAAACAGCUAUGGGUAAUCCUGCUUUGAGGCUUUGUGCAUAUUGGUGGGAUUCGAGUGACGUGAUGUCUGAUAGCAGUAUAGAAGAAUUUAUGUUGGGAAUGGCUUCUCAAUUGGCUGAACGUGAAGAUGCUGUACUUUGUUCAGACGUACGAGAUAAAUUGUUUGGGCCUAAUGAAUUUUCACGAAGAGAUUUGGGAGCUCUAAAUAUAAUGAGAGGUAGAGACAAUGGACUAGCAGAUUAUAAUACAAUAAGAACGUAUUUUCAACUUCCUCGCGUUAAAAAUUUUGAAGACAUAAAUAGAGAAUUUUUUGAGCGACAUCCGAAUUUAGCUACUAAAUUAGAAGAAGCAUACGGAAGCGUUGAUGAUAUUGAUUUGUACAUUGGUGGAAUGUUAGAAUCUAAAGAUGGACCAGGAGAAUUGUUCACUGCUAUUAUUUUAGAUCAAUUUAUUCGAAUUAGAGAUUCAGAUAGGUUUUGGUUUGAAAACGUUAAAAACGAAAUUUUUACAAACCAGGAAAUAGAAUGGAUUCGUUCAGUUACACUUUGGGAUAUAAUAGUGAAUAGUUCUAACAUAGAACCAGGAACUAUACAACGAGAAGUAUUUUUCUGGAAUGAUGGAGAUCCAUGUCCUCAACCUAGUCAAAUUGAGCCGUCAAUGUUAGAGCCCUGUUCUUACUUAAAGGGGUUUGAUUAUUUUGAAGGAAAUGAACUAGCGUACAUAUAUGCAUGUAUAUUCUUAGGAGUCGUCCCUCUUAUUUGUGCCGGAGCUGGUUAUGGUGUAGUUAAACUUCAAAAUAAACGAAAAAGACAUCUCAGAAUGAAACAAGAAGAAAUGAAGUCUGGUAAUAAAUCAAAUGGCAUUAUGGUUGAUAAAAUGUCUGUUAGAGAAUGGUUACAUGCAAAUCAUAGACGUUUAGUAAAAGUGAGAUUCGGGCCACAGGCGUAUAUUCAUACUGUUGAUCGUAAGGGUGAAAAAUUGAGAUCAGUUAAUUUUGAGGGUUGUGACACAAUAACUGUUGAAGAAUCACAAGUAGAAAAUAGUAAAAAGAAACGUCCAUUAGUAUUGAUUCGUGUUCCGAAAGACCACGAUCUCGUUCUUGAAUUCGAUUCAAUUGGUGAAAGAAGAAAAUUUGUUAAUAAAUUAGAAGCUUUUUUAAAUUCUCAUAAAAAGCAUUUAGUAACUUUGCAAGCACCCAGAGAUUUUUUACUGGCUCAAGCAGAAACACGUGAAAGACGUCAACGAAGACUAGAACAUUUUUUCAGAGAAGCUUAUGCUCUUACAUUUGGCCUUAAGCCUGGUGAAAGAAGACGUGGAGAUGAAGAUGGAGAAGUUGUAAUGAGAACUUCUCUAUCUAAAGCGGAAUUUGCUUCAGCUUUGGGAAUGAAAUCUGAUGCCGUAUUUGUUCGCAUGAUGUUUAAUAUUGUUGACAAAGAUGGGGACGGAAGAAUUUCAUUCCAAGAAUUUUUAGAUACUGUAGUAUUGUUUUCUCGAGGUAAAACUGAAGACAAACUUCGAAUAAUAUUUGACAUGUGUGAUAAUGAUCGAAAUGGUGUAAUAGAUAAAGGAGAGUUUUCUGAAAUGCUCCGUUCAUUAGUUGAAAUUGCUAGAACUACAAGCCUUUCUGAUGCUCACGUGACAGAAUUAAUUGAUGGAAUGUUUCAAAAUGCGGGACUUUCAAAUAAAGACUUUUUGACUUAUGCUGAUUUUAAACUAAUGAUGAAAGAAUACAAAGGAGAUUUUGUCGCCAUAGGUUUAGACUGUAAAGGAGCCAAACAAAAUUUUUUAGAUACAUCCACGAAUGUAGCUCGAAUGACUAGUUUCCACGUCGAUCCUUCAAUGCACGAUGACAAAGGAAAAAUAAAAUCCCACAUAGACUGUGUAGUAACAUACUUAGAAGAAAAUCGACAAAAUAUAUUUUAUUUAUUUAUCUACUACGUUAUAACUAUAUCGUUAUUUGUUCAUCAGUUUAUAUAUUACUCAUUUUUGGCAGAACACACAGAUCUCCGACAUAUAAUGGGAGUAGGGAUAGCCCUAACUAGAGGUUCUGCUGCUUCACUUUCAUUCGGUUAUAGUCUGUUGUUGUUAAGCAUGUCAAGAAAUUUACUAACUAAAUUAAAAGAUUUUUCCAUUCAACAAUACAUACCUUUAGAUUCACAUAUACCAUUCCAUAAAGUAGUAGCUUGUACUGCAUUUUUUUUUUCAAUUAUACACACAGUUGGUCAUAUCAUCAACUUUUAUCAUGUUUCAACACAACCUCUAGAACACAUUCACUGUUUAACGUCUGAAAUACAUUUUCCGUCAGAUUACAAACCUGGAAUAUCAUUUUGGCUUUUUAAAACAAUAACUGGUAUUACUGGAGUACUCUUAUUUGUUAUUAUGAUAAUUAUAUAUACAUUUGCUCAUCCGAUCAUUCGAAAAAAAGCAUACACAUACUUCUGGUCUACUCAUUGCCUGUACGUAGCUAUGUAUGUACUCAUGUUGUUGCAUGGACUAGGAAGAAUAACAGGACCUCCUACUUUCUGGAAAUAUUUCAUAGGUCCAGGAAUAAUAUUUAUUUUAGAUAAAGUGGUCAGUUUAAGGACAAAAUAUAUGGCUUUGGAUAUUUUGGAAACAGAGCUUUUACCAUCAGAUGUUUUAAAAGUUAAGUUCUAUCGUCCACCUAACUUCAAAUAUCUUUCUGGCCAAUGGGUACGGCUUAAUUGUACAGCUUUAAAGUCUACUGAGUAUCAUUCAUUUACGUUAACAUCAGCUCCACACGAAAAUUUUUUGUCAUGUCAUAUAAAAGCGCAAGGACAAUGGACGUGGAAACUUAGAAACUUUUUUGAUCCUAGUAAUAUAAAUCCUGAUUUUCAUCGACCAAAAAUACGACUGGAAGGACCAUUUGGUGGUGGAAAUCAAGACUGGUAUAAAUUUGAAGUUGCUGUCAUGGUUGGUGGUGGUAUUGGAGUGACUCCAUAUGCUUCUAUUUUAAAUGAUUUAGUUUUUGGUACUUCAACAAACCGUUAUUCAGGUGUAUCAUGUAAAAAAGUAUACUUUUUGUGGAUUUGCCCUUCGCACAAACAUUUCGAAUGGUUUAUAGACGUGCUUCGAGAUGUCGAAAGAAAAGAUGUUACCAAUGUUCUUGAAAUUCAUAUAUUUAUUACUCAAUUUUUUCACAAGUUUGAUCUGAGGACAACUAUGCUGUAUAUUUGUGAAAAUCAUUUUCAACGACUAAGUAAAAUGAGUAUGUUUACUGGUUUAAAAGCUGUAAACCAUUUCGGUCGCCCAGACAUGUCAUCAUUUUUGAAAUUUGUUCAAAAGAAACACAGCUAUGUUAGUAAAAUAGGUGUAUUUAGUUGUGGUCCAAGACCAUUGACCAAAAGUGUUAUGUCAGCUUGUGAAGAAGUAAAUAAAGGUCGAAAGUUACCAUACUUCAUUCAUCAUUUUGAAAAUUUUGGAUAAACAAACUUCAAACAUAUAUUGCAUUAAAUGCAAAUUACUUAAAAAUUGUGAUCUUUUGCCAUUACAUUUUUAAAUUAAGUGCCUUAUUUCCUAAUUUUAUUAAAAUAAAUACUGUAUUUGUAAAAAUAUUUUGUAA